AUGGAAAAAUCCAAAAAUUUCCGCAUCGACGCGCUGCUGGCUGUCGACCCCCCCAAGGCGGCGGCGGCGGGGCAGAGCGCGCCGCUGGCCCUCGUCACCUCGCUGGGCGGCAGCGGCAGUAGCAGCAGCGGGAGCGGCAGCCCCCCGUCCUCCUCUUCUUCCUCUUCGUCCUCCUCCUCUUCUUCAUCCUCCUCCGAGCACCCCGCCGGUGCCUCCGCUGACUGCCUGCACUCCGACAGCCCCUCUCCGCCGCGCCUCUUGGCCGCACACUGCGCCCUGGUCCCCAAACCCGGCUUCCUGCCUGGUACCGGCGCCCACCCGCACCACCACGCCUCGGCGGCCGGCAUGGCCCUGGGACUGCACCCCGCGGCGCCCGGCGGGCCGGGCAUGCCGGCGCAGGCGGCCCUCUACGGGCACCCCGUGUACGGGUACUCGGCGCUGGGCGGGCAGCACCCGGCCCUCUCCUACCCCUACUCGCAAGUGCAGGGAGCGCACCCGGCCCACCCCGCCGCCGACCCCAUCAAGCUCAGCGCCGGCACUUUCCAGCUGGACCAGUGGUUACGGGCCUCCACCGCCGGCAUGAUCCUCCCCAAAAUGCCCGACUUCAGCUCCCAGGCACAGUCCAAUCUGCUGGGGAAGUGUCGCCGGCCCCGCACGGCCUUCACCAGCCAGCAGCUGCUGGAGCUGGAGCACCAGUUCAAGCUCAACAAGUAUCUCUCCCGGCCCAAGCGCUUCGAGGUGGCCACGUCGCUGAUGCUCACCGAGACGCAAGUGAAGAUCUGGUUCCAGAACCGUCGCAUGAAGUGGAAGCGCAGCAAGAAGGCGAAGGAGCAAGCGGCACAGGAGGCCGAGAAGCAGAAGGGGGGCGGCGGGGAGGACAAGGGGGAUGAGGAUCUGCUGCUGUCUGCCCCGGAGAAGAGCGGCGGGAGGAGGAUGCGGGAGCUGCCCGACAGCGAGCCCGAGGACGAGGAAGAAGAAGAGGAGGAAGAGGAGCCGCCGGCGGCUGGACGAUGCUGCCCGUACCACUCCUCCGACUGCUCCGAGGCAGACGAGGAGGACACGCAGCCCCGGGGCCGGUCCGGAGCCCCGGCGCAGCCCCAGUGA